GCUAUUCUGACAUGCGCAGUGGCUGGCGAAAUCUGACCAAAGAAUCAGGGCUGUAGCGAGGGGACUGUAAUGGGGCAGUUGUUAUUAUCAUCAGAUUUAUCUAAAAUAACCGACCGAAUGGCCAAUGGAAGUCUGCAGAGGGGACAGCUGUGUGCGUAAGAGAUUUCGGCGUAAUCUACUGUCGGCUUAGCUCGUUUUAGCUGGGAAGGGAAAGUUUGCCUCGCUGGAAAGGAAGGAACUUCUAUCCGCCCGUGGCGUGGGUAAUCUGGGCGGUUGAAGCGACUGCGAGCGGAGGCAGUCUGUCAUCAUGGAAGAUUUUGGAACAGCGCUGGAUAAGAAUGUGGCCGAUCUGACUGUGAUGGACGUGUAUGACAUUGCGGCAAUAGUCGGCCAAGAGUUUGAGCGCAUUAUUGAUCAGUAUGGCUGUGAGGUCCUCUCACGGCUCAUGCCCAAAGUUGUACGGGUUUUAGAGAUCCUAGAGGUGUUGGUCAGCCGAAACAGCCUUACCCCAGAGAUGGAAGAGCUGCGACUGGAGCUGGAUAAACUGCGCCUGGACCGGAUGGACAGAUUAGAGAAAGAAAAGAAACACAAAAAGGAGCUGGAGCUGGUGGAGGAUGUGUGGAGAGGUGAGGCGCAGGACCUGCUGUCUCAGAUCUCUCAGCUGCAAGAGGAAAACAAGGCCCUCCUCGGCAACAUGUCCAUCAAAGACUGUCCAAUGACAGAGGAGGAUCUUCAGAGGCAGGAAGGGAUGUCAGAGCGGGAGCGUCAGGUGAUGAAGAAGCUGAAGGAAGUGGUGGACAAGCAGAGGGACGAGAUCCGGGCCAGGGACCGCGAGCUGACGCUCAAGAGCGAAGACGUCGAAGCUCUCCAGCAGCAGCAGAACCGACUGAUGAAGAUCAACCACGACCUGCGGCACAAGAUGAGCGUGGUGGAGGCGCAGGGCAAGGCUCUGAUCGAGCAGAAGGUGGAGCUGGAGGCGUCGGGCCAGGCCAGGCAGCAGGAGCUUGCCGCCCUACGCCAGGAAGUGGCCCGCCUGCGAGAGCGUCUCAAGGGCAACCGGGAGGCUGGACCCGUGCAGGAGGAGCUGCCCCAGGAGCCAGUGGCACAGAUGGCACAGCGGUCUGAUGGGUCUGCCCCACUGGCCUCUCGAAGACAUGGCCUAUGGUCUGACCUCCCUCUGGGAGGGACUGGGUCUGAUGAGCAUUUGCUCCCUCUCUAUCCACAAGCUUCCUUAUAUGCAGAGGGGCGUGAUGAGGAGGAUGAUGAUGAGGAGGAGGAAGCAGUGUUGCUAUGGGAGGCGCUGUGUGAUGAGGACACAGCUAAUUUGGACCUCAAAGACCCCAACCGCCCCCGCUUCACACUUCAGGAGCUCCGAGACGUCCUGCACGAGAGGAACGAGCUGAAAGCCAAAGUCUUCAUGCUGCAGGAGGAGAUGGCCUACUACAAAAGUGAGGAGCAGGAGGAAGAAGUUGGCCCUCCCCCUGCAGACACCGCCUUCCUGAUGAGGCCACGCCCUCGCCCCACUGCGCAGCCGGAGUCUGGGAUCAAACGCCUGUUUAGCCUGUUCUCCAAACGCCGCAGCGGACAACGGCCUGGACAGGAAGUGGGCGGUCCCUGGGGUGGAGGGGUGGAGCCAUACACAGAGCAGGCACAGGAAGCACUCCAGCACAUGGAUUCCCAGGAAGUACUCCACUAACACCCGCUUAGGAUGCUCUCACCAGACCCCCACUGCUUCCUGCAUACAGCCCACAGAGCCACUGGAUGGCAGCCAUGCAGAGGGAAUCUUGUACCCCCUUUGGCCCAUAGCAGCGCCACCUGAAACAAAAAAAAACAACAAAGAAACACAACCAAGUAUUACCCAGUACCAUCACACGCCUGACAACCCCUCUCAGCUUGUGAGCAUCAUUCUUGGCCCGAAACUGGCGAGGUUUAGGUGAGAGGUUUGUGGAGUUACGUUUCGGGGGAGAGUUCUGCUGUGUGUGUGUGUGUGUGUGUGAAUGCUGCUCAUCAGCAGGUGUGAUGUGGUUCUCCCAGAACAAACUGGAAUGAGGCACCUUGAAAAAGAAAACCUGAAAAAAAGUGAGACUGUUUGGCCUGUUUUAGCACAUAGGUGUGUGAAAGACACCCAACACGGAGAAGACAAGUGGACUGUGUGUGUUAUGGCGGAUGGAAAGAGAAAAACAUAAGGUUGGAUUUGUAGGUAAGGCAGACCAGAAUAGGCUCAACGAGUUUGGAAACUUGCAUUCACAGAUGUCUUUGGGGCUUGGAGAGGAAUAGAUAAGGGAAUACAAAUACAAGUGGAGUUUUUAUGGCUUGUCAACUGUGCCUUGAAGCACAGCCAGUGAGGGGAAAAUGGCAACCUCACAAGGGUUUACUUACCAUGUAGAGAAGCAUUUUUAAAGAUCUUUUUGCGAUCUGUGUACAAUGAAAUGAAAACACAUAUUGAAAGUGGAUAUAUUAAUAUUUAAUAGGCUCAUUGGAGUGUAUGUGUGUGUGUUUAACCCUGGUCAAUGAGAGGCUGAGAGCACUUGAAACUUAAGAUGAAAGCCUUCUCAAGGAUUCAAGAAGAAAACAUGUAAUUCCAACAUGUAGUGGGUUCUUUUGGAAUUAAGUAACAUGAAGUCCUUGCUUAACUUAAAACUCAUGUCUAAUUAGUUUUCUCACAAUAUUGAUCAGCAUAUGAUUGGCAGCUUCUAAUCAAAGUCAGUGUACUCUGGCAUUGAAGGGAAUUGGACAGUGAUUUUUUUUGUGUUUGUUUUAGUUUUUAUUUAAGAUACUUAGCACUUGACAACUGCUGUCAUUAAUCCAUUAGCUAUGUUAUCACUUUGUGGAUGUUAGUGCAUCAGCUCUAUUAAGUAGAGAAAGUGUGUCACACAGAAAGCACAAGACAUUUUGCAACAUGCAGCUUUCUCUUUUAUUAAGAUAUACUAUAAAGGAAUAGAGGACUAUACACUGCUGAACACACUGCUAAAAAGCAUGUCCAAGUUCUAGAGCUUAGAUGGCCAAAAGGGUAUGACUUGUCACAGACCCAUUCCCCAAGGUAGAUAUACUUCUUUGAACUGUUCUGGCAUCUUUUUAUUUUACCAAUAUAUGAGAGAGUGGGAAUUAUUUGGGGGAAAAUAUUUUUUUUAAUUCACUUCUAUCUUUGUGAAUAAAUCCAACAACAACCCAUCAUAUUUAAACAUAACACGGUCACAUAUCUACCUGUGCUUUAAAAGUGGUUACAAUGCUCCAAUAGAAAUUAAAGUUACUGAAAUAUCCA